CCCGUCCCUCUGGUCUACAUCGAGUUAAGCCCCAGUGAACGCAAGGGCGACGAGGAGGAGGAAAAAAUAACCCCGGAAAAGGACAGACGAAUCGCGCCACCGCGGGGAGGCGUACGGCGCGGCCGCCCGCCAUCGGAUCUGCGCCGGCGACUUGGCCGGCCGCCGGAGGAGGAGGUGGUGGUGUCGCUCCGUCCAUUUCCCGCCCUCAGGCGCCCAGAUCCGCCCCGCCGUGUAUCUACCACCGAAUUGUGAGAUAGCUUCCAGUUUAUGCAGAGGUUGUGAAAACAUCAUCAAUGGCCUACUAUUGAUUGGCUAGCAGAGAUCAGUUUGGAGUCUUCUUUCUUCCUCUUUGCUUCUCUGUUGGACUACAGGAGAGGUGGAAGCAUAAAGGUAGACAGGCCGUUCAGCCAUUCUAUGUCCAGGGACUUGGACUGUCCUGUUCAGACACAGAUGGCUGUUGCAGUCCUGGAUCGGAGCUUCAGUAGUGAAUAUCCUGCAAGUAGCAGAAAUGAGGGGAGAUCAUUGAGCUGGAAGAGAGUUUUUGUCCAAACUGAUAAUGGUUCUGUCCUGGGCAUCGAACUGGAGAGGGGAGAAAAUGCACACACCGUGAAAAAAAAGCUGCAGAUAGCCCUGAAUGUUUCCACAGAGGAGAGCUCAUUAACCUUUGGUGAUCUUGUUCUGAACAAUGAUCUGAGCAAUAUUCGCAAUGACUCACCGCUGCUCCUCACAAGGAAUCAGAUGCAUAGGAGCAGCUCAACACCUUGCCUCUCUCCUACUGGAAAAGAUGUGCAACAGCCAGACCGUAGUGGACCCAUUGCUAUCCUUGGGUGUUCAAGUCCUUCCUCUCAGAUGAAACAGCUUGCUAAGGAUGUUGUGAAAGCCAUAAAGAAUGGAGUUGACCCAGUAGCUGUUAACAGCGGGAUGGGUGGUGCCUACUACUUCAAGAACAUGUGGGGGGAACAUGUAGCAAUUGUCAAGCCAACCGAUGAGGAGCCAUUUGCUCCAAAUAAUCCUAAAGGCUUUGUAGGGAGAGCCCUUGGACAGCCAGGCCUCAAAAGAUCUGUACGAGUUGGUGAGACAGGGUUCAGAGAGGUAGCUGCUUACCUCCUUGACCACGACAACUUUGCAAAUGUUCCUCCGACCAUGCUGGUCAAGAUCACACACGAUGUGUUCAAUGUGAAUGAUACUGUAGGCAGCAAGAACAAGAUGUUCCACAACAAAUCACAGGCUGUGAGCAAGAUUGCAUCAUUGCAGCAGUUCAUCCCUCAUGAUUUUGAUGCCAGUGACCAUGGGACGUCAAGCUUCCCUGUAUCUGCAGUGCACAGAAUUGGCAUCCUUGACAUCAGGAUCUUCAACACAGACAGGCAUUCAGGCAAUCUUCUGGUCAGGAAAGUAGGUCCUGGGUCUGACAAUUUUGGAGUGCAGACUGAACUCAUUCCUAUUGACCAUGGUCUUUGUCUUCCAGAAUGUCUAGAGGACCCUUACUUUGAAUGGAUCCACUGGCCACAGGCAUCAAUCCCUUUCUCUGAGGAGGAGCUUGAAUACAUUGCAGAUUUGGAUCCUGCAAGAGAUGCAGAAAUGCUUCGCAUGGAGCUGCCUAUGAUCCGCAAGGCAUGUCUGAGGGUGCUAGUGCUAUCAACAAUAUUUCUCAAGGAAGGUGCAGCAUUUGGCCUUUGUUUGUCAGAGAUAGGAGAGAUGAUGAGUAGGCAGUUCACUGGGAAGGAAGAAGAGCCAAGUGAGCUGGAGCUUCUCUGCAUGGAGGCAAGGAAGUGGGUCGAGGACAGGGAGCUGUUUCUUCCAGAAGCCGGAGUCGAAGACGACGAUGAUGACUUCACCCAGUUCUCCCUCGACGGUGAGGAUGACUCAGACGCAUUUGAACCGCCACCAUUCAGCAAGUUUGGGCCCAUGAAAGCAUGUCACAGGAAUCCACUCUCAAAGCUCGACGAGUGCGAUGAGGAAGAUGAUGAGGCCAAGGAGGUUAUCAAGGAUGACACUGACCCCUCCAAGGGUAUGUUUCCUAAGCUGGUCCCUUCCGUUUCGAAGUUGUCUGGGUCGCUGAAGGGGACUGGUUUCUUCGGGAAAGCCAAAGGCUACCACGGAGGUAUUCCGAAGAGCAAGCUGGGUGCUAAAACUAACAAUAGUGGAGAAGGUAGUAUGAGUAUGCUGCAUCAGUCUGGUAGCAGGAGCGCGAACGAGAUGCUCCCUCCCAGCGCCAGUUUUGUGAAGCUGUCGGACAUGGGCUCCGAGGAGUGGAGCGCGUUCCUCGACAAGUUCCAGGAGCUUCUCCCGGGCGCCUUCCAGGCACGGAAGCACGCGGCUGGCGCCGGCCCGCGCCCGAUGCAGAGGCUGGGCACUUCAUGCCAGUUUUGAAAGAUAGUAGAAGAGAAGCUAUAUACCAAAAAAAGGUAAUGUAGACCAAGCUGUGAUGCUGUUUUCUUCGCGGCAGCCGCUGCUCUCUACCCUGCCUGUAGGUGUUUGGACUUCGGAGAAGAAGAUAGCGAAAUAAGAACCGUCCCUUGACAUAUGAUGUUGCAGGAGAGUGUGUUGUGUUUGUGCAUAGUUCUUUUUUUGACAUAUCAGACGGUUUGUUCUUUCAUUUGUACAUAUACGACCGAGCACCUCGCCGACGCCGGGCUCCAUCUCGUGUUGAGGGAACCUGCUAGUGGCGGCGAGUGUUGCUGGCGCCGCCGGUGUUUCGGCUUUGCCACUGUAUCAUUUCCGAGACUCUUUACCAUAAUAUAGUAUGCACUUUGGUGUUGCUACUUGCUAUAUGCACAUAAA